AUGGCUAGUUUCAGUACAACUCUCUCUCAAACCACCAUGAGCCAGCCGCCGCCGCCGCCGCCGCCGCGGGUGGCAAAUAACCCCAGGAUGGCUUCCAGCUCGAAGCACCUCACCCAAGAACAGCGCCAGCGAAUCCGCGUCCUGCACUUUGACGCGCACAUGGGGCCGGCCCAGAUCAGCCGCAUCACCGGCGACACGAUGCGGCAGGUCAAGUACGCCAUCCGCGCCCAGACCGCCGUUCCCCUGCACCGCUCCGGCCGGCCGCAGUCGAUGACGCCCGCCGAGGUCGACGCCCUGCUGGCGUACAUGGCCUCGAGCAAGGCGGCCAUGCAGAUGUCCUACCAGGAGCUGUCGAAGAGCUUCCUCGAUGGGAGGUUCAGCCAGUGGGUCAUCCGGAGGAUGCUGUACCAGCAGGGCCUGCGCCGGCGCGUCGCCGCCCCGAAGACGCCUAGGAGCCGGGGACGACAGGCAGAGACGAGUGAUGGCCCUGAGCCGGAUAGAAGCCAGGAGGCCGAGACUAGCGACGGCGCGGAGACUCCUCAAAGUCAAGAGCCGGAAAGGAGCAGCACUCCUGAGCUUCCUGAGAGCCAGCAUGCGGAAACGAACAAUGACCCGGAGCCCCAUGGAAGCCAACAGACCGAAUCCGCCAGAGAAUAG